AUGAGAUUGUGUCCGGUGCUCAAGUGGACGCGCGCUCAAUCCUAGAACGUGAACGGUCGGAUCAAAUGCACGCGAGUGUUGCAGUGUCGCCAACGACGUCGAAAACGCGCCCGUCGAGUGCCUGCGCCAGUUUGGGCCCCGGCCCCCCGGAUAUCUCCCGAACGUAGGUUUGAACCCGUGGUCUUCGCUCCUCCGCUCCACGUGCCGCAGGAAUGGAGACCACUCCACUGCUCCGCUCGAAAUCCGAGACCGGGUUCUAUCACACCGAAAGUGAUGACUGCGCUCGGGGUGGGGGCCAGUGCCGCGUGUACCGGCGCCGGUGGCUCAUGCUGGUGCUGUUCUCGCUCUGCUCGGCCUGCAACGCCGCCCACUGGAUCCAGUACUCCAUCAUCACCAACGUCGUCAUCCAGUACUACGGAGUCUCCGCCAUGGCCGUCAACUGGACCUCCAUGAUUUUCAUGGCCGUCUACGUCCCCCUCGUCUUUCCCGCCUCCUGGCUCCUCGAGAAAAGGGGUCUUCGGGUGUGCGUGACCCUGGGGACGUUCCUGGUGGUGGUGGGUGCGUGGCUGAAGCUCCUGGCCGUCGGACGGGACGGGUUCCCGAUCGCCUUCGCGGCGCAGACCGUCAUCGGGGUCGCCCAGAUGUUCACCCUCGGUGUCCCGGCCAAACUCGCCGCCGUCUGGUUCCCCCACCGCCAGGUCUCGACCGCCACCGCCAUCGGCGUCUUCGGCAACCAAAUAGGUAUUGCCAUCGGGUUCGUGGUGCCACCGGAGAUCGUGAACGAGGCAGCCAACCCAGCAGUCAUCGCUGAGCAACUCACCAUGCUGUACCUGGGCAUGGCCAUAGCUCCGACCAUAGUCUUUCUGCUCAUCAUCGUCUAUUUCGAAGGUGAGCCACCGAUCCCCCCGAGUUUGGCGCAGGCGACGGCAAUCCAAGCGAACACGGCCUCCAAGUCCUAUUCGCAGUCGGUGAAGGAACUUCUCACCAAUAAGAACUUCGUCCUGCUCUUGGCCAGUUUUGGCCUCAACAUCGGUGCCUUCUACGCUUACUCAACGCUCCUCAAUCAGCUCUUCCUCGAACACUUCAAGGACGGGAUGGAGGACGCCGGUCAAGUGGGUCUCACGCUGGUCCUGGCUGGAGUCGUUGGUUCCGUCGUGUGGGGCGUUGUACUCGACAAAACCCACAAGUACAAAGAAACCACACUAGGAGUGUACCUCAUGUCUGGACUGGGUAUGUUGGCUUUCACCUUUAUGCUCCGGGCUGAAAGAUUGAUUCCGGUUUACGUCACCUCGGGAUUUUUAGGGUUCUUCAUGAACGGUUAUUUGACGGUCGGGUACGAAUUUGGAGCCGAGCUGACGUAUCCACACUCUGAGAGCACGUCGUCCGGGCUGUUGAACGCUGCUGGUGAAGUUUGCGGUGUAACAAGUGUGCUCGUAGCAGGAGCCGUCUUCCAGAAUUACGGAGACUUCGCGACGGAUCUGGGCCUGAGUGCUAUGCUCCUGCUAGGCCUCCUCCUUUCAAUAUUCAUCGACGGCAGUCAUCUUCGACGGCAGGAGGCAAGUAGAAGACCUGUCUACGUCACUCCGGUUAUUGCCAACAUGACGUCAGACUCCAUCGACUCCAAACCUAGGAAGUAUUCAAAAUAACAACCGCAGAAACUAGCCCGACAUAAACAAUCUUUCUCAUUAUUUCAUCGCCUCACGGCUUAUCAGUUGUGAUCCUUUCAAAUUGGUAACAUUAGGUUUACUUUACUCAAAUGCAUUGGAAUCACUUGAUUCUCGGUAAGUAAACUUGCCUCGCCUGGAAUCGAUAUUUACAAUGGAUUUGAACGGAGCAGUUUUCCUAAGGCACGAAUUUAAAUAUUUUGAUUGUUUUUCUUUUUAAAAGUUUACGUGCACCACGAUUCGCGCAACGAAAAUACCUAUUGACAACUUCAAACCAAGAUAAUGACGUUUAUAGCUAGCACUGAUUACGAAAAUUUCAAAUUUCCCGCUUGCAUGAAAAACAAGAGUCUACUUGAA